CAAAUAUACACCUAAAAAUGGUGUCACGUUACUAUGACGAGUAUGACACAUUGUCUUUGUCAUAUUAUUAAUAAUAAAUAGCAUUGUCAUUUAAAUAAAUAAGUAAAACAAAUAGUUGUGCCAAAAAAGUUUAAUUAUUAAAUGUAUACGCAAACAAUUAAAAUGCCAGUGCAAAAAGAUUCAAAUAUUGUUAAAAUAGCUGUCCAAAUGACAGGACAAAUGCCUCAGUUAAUUGAAUUUAAUCAAAAGCAACCAUUAACUGGAAUAAUUCAAGGGUUAUGUAACGAGUGGAGUUUGACGGACCCAGAGACGUACUCGUUGCAAUUUUCAGAGAACAACAAUCAGAACUAUAUAACUGAAAAGAAUAGAAAUGAAAUAAAAAACGGAAGUGUUUUGAGACUGGAACACUCGCCGAGUAAAACAGCUGGUGAUAUUUUGCACAAAUUAAAUAAUGGCACAGCUGAUGACAAAUUAUCAGCACUGAAAAAAUUGAGUACCCUCAGUAAUGAUAUUACAUUUGCACAUGAGUUUAUCAAUAAGCAAGGACUGGCGUUGAUAAUAUCACAGAUUGAAUCAGGAAAAUAUAAAACUGCAGCAUUGGCAUGUGCGCUCCAAUCGUUCGUCGAAUUAAUGGAUCAUGGGAUAGUGUCCUGGGACAUUUUAGAGCCACCGUUUAUCAACAAAGUCGCAAGUUAUGUCAACAAUCAAUCAGUAUCUCAAGAUACGAGUGUAAUUGAGGCAUCUCUUAGUAUUCUAGAGAAUAUUGUUCUGAAUUCAUCUGGCAAGUACAGUUUAGUUGAAAAAGAAGUCACAUUCCCGAACCUUGUGAUGCAUUUGCAAAGUAUGUCACCGCAAAUUCAACAGAACACGAUAGCUUUAAUAAAUGCCCUAUUUUUAAAAGCUGAUUUAAUAAAAAGACGUGCGGUAGCAGCAACACUGCAGUCUAAACAAGUGCGCAAUGUUUUUUUGACAAACGUUAUCCAGUCAACUGGGCAAGUUGGCACUGAGAUGGCACAUCAGCUCUACGUUCUGCAAACGCUGGUACUGAGUUUACUAGAGCAACGUAUGAUGACCAAAAUGGACCCGCAGGACCAGGACGCUCAUGAUAAAAUAAAAGAAUUGCGUCGUAUUGCCUUCGACACUGAGGGUAACGUCAGUGGCAGUGAUGUUGCCGCACGUAAACAAGGAUUAUUUGCCAAAGAUUAUAAAAAAUUGGGCUUCAAGUAUGACAUCAACCCGGCGUUAGAUUUUACCGGGACACCUCCUGGUAUGCUGGCGCUUGAUUGUAUGAUUUAUUUCGCUAGGAAUCAUACCGAGUCGUACACUAAAGUUGUUCUGGAACAUUCUUGUCGAGCUGAUGAACAUGAGUGUCCCUUUGGUAGGACAAGUGUUGAACUUGUCAAAUUAUUAUGUGAGGUAUUGAGAAUUGGAGAAGCACCAAGUGAACAAGGGCAGUCAUAUCACCCAAUGUUUUUUACUCAUGAUCAUCCAUUCGAAGAAUUUUACUGCGUGUGUAUUGUGCUGCUGAACAAAACCUGGAAAGAAAUGCGGGCUACUACUGAAGAUUUUGUCAAAGUAUUUUCCGUAGUGCGCGAGCAAAUAACACGCGCACUUCAGUGUAAGCCGACGGGCCUUGACAAGUUUAGGAACAAAUUGCAGCAGUUGACGUACUCGACUAUCACAAAUUUGUGGCAACAGGAGAGAACCAACAGGGAAGAGUGGGAAAGUCAUGCUAAGCCAAUUGUUGAAUUGCGUGAACAAAUAACACCGGAAAUUCUUGAGCUUAUCCAACAGCAACGACUGGGUUUUCUUGUUGAAGGCACGAGAUUCACCAAGUACAGUGCCAGGGGUCAGAGAAUAAAAGAUAAAUUUUGGUAUGUCCGUUUGUCACCAAAUCACAAAGUAUUUCAUUACGGCGAUUGUGAUGAAAAGUCAGUGCCGACUAUUGAUGACCUGCCGAUGAAACUCGCUGUCGUCGAUAUCCGUGGACUUCUUAUUGGCAGAGACUGCCCACAUAUGAAAGAUUUACAAAGACGAAAGACAACUCAUCAGUUGGCAUUUUCGCUGGUUCUAGAUUCUGUUGAAAUAUCGAAUUUAGAUUUUGUGGCACCAGAUGAACAAGUUUUUGAUUACUGGACUGAUGGUAUUAAUGCUUUGCUUGGUAAUAAAAUGACAAGUAAAGAGACUGAAAAUGAUUUAGAAACUCUAUUGUCGAUGGACAUUAAGCUGCGAUUACUCGAUGCCGAAGGCAUUGAUAUUCCUCAAGACCCCCCACCAAUACCAGAACCACCACCAAAUUAUGAUUUUUGUUUUGAACUUUAAGAUAUUAAUUAUUGUUUACAAUUAAUAACUAAGCACACGUGGUAUAGGUUACGUGAUUUUAAAUAAUUAUUUAUUAUAUGAACAAAUUUUUAUACAUUUUUGACGUAUCAUUAAUUAUUAUUAUUAUUAUUAAAUGGUAAAAAAAAAUAAUUUCAAAUUUACUUCCGGUGUAAAACUAACACUUGCAAAUAUGACAGUCAAGAAUUUCAAGUGAAAUUUUUCAAAAUUAUAAAUUAAAAUCUGGAUUUAUAAUUUAAUGUGAAGACAUUAUUAUUUUUUUU